UCGACACCGACAACAGUAGAGGACGAAAUGUCUUCGCUUUCAAGGAAGGUCAAAAUGCUUCUAUAUCCAUGAGUGUUAUAUGUUACUAUGGCUAUUAUGAUAACAAACGGUUUGAGGUUUAUUGGGUUCCGUCGAAUGUUGCGGUCAUAACUAAUGGAAUGGCGGUAUAUCGUUUUUACUGGCGAUAUUAUCACCACUUCAACGGUAUGUCUUCAAUAAACCAUGACAUAAAGGGUUUGAACGUCACUGGCUCAACUGACUACUCAUAUACAGCAAGAGCAAUCAUCCGAUUCGAUUUCGACAGUAUGAACGCGACCUUUAACGGAAGCCGUAUCGUAUUGGUAGAUUACUAUGAUGGUAAUCGUGUAUUGGGAAGCAAGGAGAUCAUUGUUACUUGUUGCAAGACAUCGGAAUUACCUUCAUCUAUGACACCUAUUGGAACACUCGAUAAUACAGCAUGCAUGACCGAGGCACAAAUGAAUUGCACAUCAGGAAGUUUAUUCAGAAAUGGUCUAACUUAUCUCCCAUUCGUAACAUUAACAUGCAGUUCUUCUAGCAAGUGGGAGAAUAGCUCGAACCUUCAAUGUUUGCCAAGUUGCCCGAGGCCGACAUUGGCACACUCGCUCUACACAUACGUCCAAGCGGGAACACCAGUAGGGACCACAACUCGUCUGCGAUGUCUCACUGGUCAGAUGUAUCGAACAACAGACCCGAAAUACUUUGUUAGCGCCUCGACUACUAUUGAAUGUAAAGGUGAUGGUAAGUGGACCGACCCUGGAAUGGCGUGUUGGACAAGUAAGAUUGGAAUUACUAUAUUACUUCUCAAUGUAUUUUAUUGA